AUGGAAAAUGGCAACUUGAUGACAAAGUGCAAGCCGAGCCUGUUUUGUGAAGACCUCAAAAGCCCCGCCACCGACUGCAUUCGUGCGGUCGAAUACAACGUUGGAACAGAUGACGUCAGGAUGGUGCUCUUCCCCUUCAAUUUGUGCACACCAGCGCUGAAACAGGAGGGCGGCUGUGAUAACGGGGAAAGCACAGUGCCACCAUACGAUCCUGCGAGCCCGCAUUACGGCAUCGAGUACUACUACCAGUGCGACGCCGGCUUCACCGUGCCAAAAGACGUUGCGGACCCUGAACAAGGGUGCGUCCCGAACCUUCUGAUGGCCGCCGGUUUCGGCACCGUCCCAGAAGUACCAAUCCCGGGCGAUGGGCUUCCCUAUGAGAACCCGAGUUUUAAGUUCUGCGCCUUCAACGAAAAACCGGCGGGCGAGACGCCGUGCGAGCCGGUCCCGCUGUGCGAAUUGACGCGCCCGGCCAGUUUCGACGAAAGUAAAAUACCGACAAACCCUUGCUUCAAAAUCUGCAAGUACUCUUCCACCGUCGACGAGGAAUGCGUGCCACUGGAAAUCCUGGAUGGCGAGCAUGUGAUAUCGGCAUAUCGAAGAGGGUCUGGUCCCUACGCCGAGCUGCUGACGGACGAGGAGACGCUGCAGCUCGACUUCGCCCCCACCGAUGCCAUCAAGUACCCAAAAUGUGUCAAGGCGGAGAAGUUGUCGGAAGACCAGCAGAAGCUCGUCGCCGUCAAUCGCUUCCUAAACUGUGACCUGAACCCAUUCUACGACGCCGGCAACAAUCUGGCGAUGAUGUUGGAGCCGGUCGACUGCAAGGAGGGCGAGGAUCCGAAAAAGUUUCUCUGCAUCCCCGCCGCCACGACUACCAAGGAGCCGGCGUCCAACUCCACAACUACCCCGUCAACCACAACCAGCAUGUUCUUCUUCGGCUUCUUCCUGGGGACGAUCUUUGGCGUGAUGUUGAUGAUCGGCGUGGUGGCGAUUUGGCAUUUGUUUAAAAAGAAACCCCCUCGCUCGAGCCCUGACCUCACCGAACACCGCUCGAGCCCAAAAAUGCAGCACGGCUCCAAGGAGUCUGCCCCGGCGAGCAACCGCAGCCCCGAGCACUCGAUCGUCGACAAGCCCAAGCAGCUUGUCAAGAGCCUCAUGCAGGCCGUCAGCAAGAAGCCUUCCCUCGACAAGAGCAAAGAGCUGAGCAAGGACAGGACCCGGAAACUGAAAGGCACGAAGCGAACGACGGCUGAUGUGUCGGCAAGCGCCGAGAAGACGAAGGCGGAAAAGAGAUCCGUGAGCAGCACGCAAAACGACCCGACGGAGGACUCGAUGGCCUCGAAGCAUUUGCCACGUCCGAAGCUCGGCAACAAGACAGACAUCCUGGAGGAGCAGGAACGCGCCAUCGACGACUUCCCCUCCAGCGAAGACCCGACCCUCCGAAUGGCCAAA